GUCCAAAGGGAACAGACCCCAUUUGUCCAUGCAAGCAAUAUACCCUUGUAUAAAAAAGGCUUCUGAAUGACCAGCCGGCUGGGUCCUUCUUUGUCUGCAUCAUCAUGUGUCAGCCUUUUCCUCAUCCAGGUUUGUUAGAUUGCUGUGCAAGAUGUCUUAUUGGGGCACCCUUUGCCUCACUGGUUGCCACUGGGUUGUGUUUCUUGGGGGUAGCACUCUUUUGUGGCUGUGGGCAUGAAGCACUCACUGGCACAGAGCACCUGAUCGAGACCUACUUCUCCAAAAACUAUCAGGAUUAUGAGUUUCUGAUUGAUGUGAUCCAUGACUUCCAAUAUGCCAUUUAUGGGGUCGCCGCUUUCUUUUUCCUCUUUGGAGCCCUCCUGCUGGCCGAAGGCUUUUACACCACUGGCGCUGUCAGGCAGAUCUUUGGCGACUACAAGACCACCAUCUGUGGCAGGGGCCUCAGCGCUACGGUAACAGGGGGCCACAAGGGGAGGGGUUCCAGAGGACACCGUCAAGCUCACUCUAUGGAGCUGGUGUGUCACUGUUUGGGAAAAUGGCUAGGACAUCCUGACAAGUUUGUGGGCAUAACCUACGUCUUGGCCAUCAUCUGGCUCCUGGUCCUGGCCUGCUCUGCAGUCCCUGUCUACAUCUACUUCAGCACUUGGACAACAUGCAACUCCAUUGCAAACCCUAGCAAGACUUCAGCCAGCAUUGGCAACCUAUGCACUGAUGCCAGGAUGUAUGGUGUCCUACCCUGGAAUGCAUCUCCAGGAAGAGUGUGUGGACAAAGCCUUCUUUCCAUCUGCAAGACAGCCGAGUUUCAGAUGACUUUCCAUCUGUUCAUUGCAGCAUUUGUUGGGGCUGCAAUCACACUGGUGGCGCUGCUCACUUUCAUCAUUGCGGCCACCUACAACUUUGCAGUCCUCAAGCUCAUGGGCCGGGGCACAAAGUUCUAAACGACGAGGGAGUCGAUGUCCCAUUUACAAGACGCCCUUCGUCCCCUAACGACAAGGCUUUAACCUGAUGCAGUCACACUACGCCAAGCCUCCUACUCUAACUCUGCUGAUUUGCCCUCCUCUUCCUCUAUGCUAUUUGACACUGGGUGUGUGGCAAGGGAGAAGAGACACCCCCUUCCAGCAGCAGAGCUCUUUGCACCCACGUACCUCUGAUGCUAUCUGGCCUCGUGGCAAAAAAUUAAGAGGUCUGCAAAAGAAAAGGGAUUUCCUUCCCUCAGUUUGCAAGGUGAAAUGCAGCAAAUUCACUCCGGCUUUUCUGCUCCCAAAGACAAAGGAUAAAGAUGAAAUCAUGCUUGUUGUGGAAAGGUGAUCCUAUGAGAGAGAGAGAGGGAGGGAGAAGGAAGCACUUGGAGCUUGCUAGAGACUUCUCUUGAUGCCACAGAAGAUGGAACUCCCAUUACUCUUUGAACAAGUGAUGGAGGACACGAGAAUGAAACAAACCUUUACAGGAUCCUACCCUCCACCGCCCGGGCAAGGGGUUAAGAGCAAGGAUCUUCCUGACAUAGGAAGAGAGCACUGACCCUGCCUCCGAUGCUACCAGAUCCCUCCUUCUCUUAACCCAACCAAUCUUACUGAAAGCAUUGAAGGAGCUUGGUGCCCCUGCACCCAAGGGGGCCUCUUGUCUCCAUACUUUGAAAGAGAAGAGCCAGGCUGCUCUUCUUGCUUCCUCUGUGCUGCCAUGUUGCUAACCAGUUGGGCAGAUAUUGGUGUUAGCCUAAGAGCAUCUGUAAUAACCAGUAGUUUGAGUGUGUAAUGCUAGAGGUGCCUUUGCUGUAUGUGGAAUAACUCUUUUGGACCGCACAUCUGUACUAUAUGCCUUUUCUUUCGUAACCAGCUGUGGAACUGAACUUUCUCCAACCUUCACAAUGGUGCUCUUUUCUCCCAGUGACAUUUGCUUCCAUAUAUUCCAUACACAGAUGAUCUUUUGCAGAAUCUAAUAUUUGCUCUUUUGGUUCUUGUUGCUAUUUGCUGUCUUCAGCUAGCUGCAGACACUUGCCACAAACAUUAUCUGAAUCCUGAAUAUUUGAAAUCUCCCAGCUUUGUUAAUAUACAGUCAGAUUUAGAGAGAUUCUGGGUAAUUGUCAUUCCAGAAAAUUGAAAUGAGUUGUUAACUAUGCAGAAUGAACCUCAUCGUGUGCCAAAUAAAAAUCUGCAGGCCAAAAUUUCUUUUAAGAAAAACUGGAGACACCAACAUAGGACUUGGACUUCAUUAUGUCACUGUGCAAAGAGAACCAGCCAGCAGGUAAUCUCUGGAAGUGACACAACCAAAACAUCAGAAAGCAAAUGGUCCAUGGCUACUAAGACUUCCUAGUUUCAGCCCUAACCUUCACUACUUAACCACGAGUAGAGAGACCAAGGUUUGGUGCUUAUCUACUGGGGAAACCAAAAUCACAGUGGCGGACAGCAGGGAUGCUAGAGAGAAGGAGAACAGGCCAAAAUAGCCCUGAAUGCUGGCCUAGAUCAAACUGGUUAGGCUGUCAACACACACAGGGCAAAGGAAGGACUAUGAUUAGGGUGGGUAGGGGGUGGGACAAUAAGAAGCCACUCAAGAUCAGGACAAGUGAAGUCACCCAUAUUUCGUAUUUCACUUUGAUUUAACUAACACAUAACCAGCACCCAUGUCCCCCAGCCCCCUCACUCUCCCCAAGAAAUACAGGAAAAAAUAGUUAAUAAGCUGAAAGUGUUUUCAUCAUUCUGAUUUUGAAUUUCAACUUUUUAACAAAGCAUAAAAGAUCAUGUUUUUAGAGACUUAUCUUACAAGGUGUAUUUUAUAAAAUUAAAGAAAAUAAAAUUCAAGAAUGUCUGA